AUGUCUGGAGGGAAGUGUACUGCAUCCCUGGGCUGCUCAGGCAUGGGGCAGGAGCAGCUGUGUGCAUCACUGGUGGUCACUGGCAAGCAACCACGUGAGGACUCAGCUAGGGCCUCUGACGCCAUACCCUCAUCUCAAGAGGGUCAGCAGAGUACAUUAAAAAAGGAAUUUAUAAACGGCAUUAGAUUGGAACAUUAUCUUCUUUCCACGGUGGAGAUUUCCCUCAGUAAUGAAGUAACCAAUCGCAGUACCAGGCUGGUUGAGGAUAUGGGAAGUUUGUGGCUUAGAUGUGACCAGGAAGAUGGAUCUUUGAAUUCUGAUAGAUCUGACUAUAUUGCUGCAUUGGGAGCCCAGGGCUUCUCCUCUGGGAAACACUACUGGGUGCUGGAUGUGGUUGACUCGUGGGACUGGUCUCUGGGAGUCUGAGAGGAAUUUUGGGUAAGGAAGAAUGGAACACUGAUUGCAUCUGAGGACAUAUUUCUUCUUUUGUGUGUGAAGGAGGAUAAUUAUUGCAGUCUCCUGACCACCUCCCCCGUGUUUCCUCACUAUGUACACAAACCUCUGGGCUGGAUUGGUGUGUUUCUUAAUUGUUAAAGUGGAAGUGUGAGUUUUUGAAAUGUCACUAAAAGUUCUCUCAUAUGGAGGCAUCCAGGUGGGUCCUUCAACUUCCCUGUCAUGCCUUUCUUUGUCACUGGUCACAGGUAA